UACACGGGAAAUUCAAUUUAUAAGCUUAAACAAAUAUAAAAAAAUAAAAAAGCCUAAUAAUAUAAACAUAAAGUGAUGCGGUUCCAGUCCUAGUGUCGGUUUGCUUGUUUGUCUUGUGUUUGUUGCCCCUCUCACAUAAAGCAUACUAUUGCGUGUAUCCUGUCUGCAGCAUCAGCUCACAUCCGGGCCAGGUUUCAUUUCCGUUCAAAUUCGUUAUCCUCGCGCUUUGGUGUUCUUUGUGCUCUUUGUGUGUUGCCAGAGCUUGUUUGUAUGUGGCAGUAUUAUUUUCUCGCCUUGUUACAGUAAGAUACCUUGUGAAAGCAAAAAUCAGCUCGGCGAGCCCCGGAAAAGGUUCAUGAUGAACUUCCCUUCGCUGCAAUGAGCUUACCCGUAGCGACCUGUAUUCGAGGGAGUUAUUAAACUUUUCAAAACUUUUCAUCUGCAGCGUGUAGUAGCGUACCGUUGGUCCACAGGGAAAUGAUGUGUUGUAGUCCCCGAGGGUUGAGAUUUGAAGAAGCAUUUGCGUAAUAAGUGCCAGUAACUGAGGAGGCUAUCAUUAGUUCCCAGUAACAUGUGUGUCGGAAUGUUGUGUGUUUGUUAUUUAGUCAGUGUUUAAAUUAACUGUGUCAUUUGUGCCGUCCAUUGCGUCUCCAGAAGAAAUCAAUAUGUUGGUAGUAUAACCGUCUUUUUAUCGUAAGAAUCGAUAAGAGAAGCAUUGUGAAUCAUAUCCUACCAUUGUCGCUAAACAAUCCCGUAUGUAAGCAGUGCUGUUAUGCAGGUGUUAUUUGCAAAUCCUCUAUCAAGCAAAUUACGUGUUUCGCCCUAGGUGACUUUGUACACUUAGGCCAGAAAUACCGUGCCAGCAGGUACUUGUGGUUUUCCAAUCUCGCAAACUUCGCUCCUCGUUCGAAUGAAUCGUGAUCAAUAACGGUAGCUGUGGGAUUAAGUCUGCAGAGAAAUUGCAAAGGUAGAAAGGCACACACUAGAAGCGUUCUUUCUCAACCUUUUUUUCGUGUAUGUGUGCGUUCUGAAGAGUGUGUGUGUGUGCGUGUGUGUGUGUUUGUACGUACCUCUGUAUAUAUGUGAGCUCUUUGUAUGCUGACGCGUGUAAUCAUGCCCAGUGAAAAGCCUGUGUGCCUGCGAAAUGAUGCAUGUUUAUAGAAUAUUGAUUUCGCGGCAAAUUGUUUCCAAGUACUGACCUCCACGCCAAACCACACGACGCAACUUGCGAACUUUUGAGCACAGCGUAGUAAUAUCGUUAAAUAAAGUAUCCUUUCGACAGUGACGGUCGAAAGCGUCGAGCCACGGUGAAGGUUCGAAAGGGAAGCAAAAUACGGCACUGCAGUGUUUGAUCCCUGCCGGGAUAAUUGCUUGUAAAUUCAAAACAGCCGACCGAGUCGAGCGGUUCUCUUGUAAAGUGUUUGCCCAGGUUUCUACGGAAGACGUAGAACAAAAUCCGCCAUCACGACGACUACCAACGGGGGAGGAAAGCUUGGCCACAUCACACUGAUAAACGGAAAUAUGCCUGAAGACAGUGCUGUCAUAGUGGAAGCCGAGGAUGAGACGAACGGCGAAGCAUCGACCUGUGGCCGUAUCCUGAUAUUUCUGUCCUGGGUGCUCGUCGUCCUUACGAUGCCGUUCAGCCUGCUCGUCUGCUUCAAGGUCGUGCAGGAAUACGAGCGUGCCGUAAUAUUCCGAUUAGGUCGUCUGAUGCAAGGUGGCGCCAAAGGACCAGGUAUCUUCUUCAUACUGCCAUGCAUCGAUGCCUACGCACGUGUAGAUCUGCGAACGCGAACGUACGACGUACCACCGCAGGAGGUUUUGACGAAGGACAGCGUCACCGUGUCGGUGGAUGCUGUGGUGUACUAUCGUGUGUCAAAUGCCACUGUUUCGAUUGCGAAUGUCGAGAACGCGCAUCACUCGACCCGGCUGCUGGCACAAACCACGCUUCGCAACACGAUGGGCACACGGCAUCUGCACGAAAUCCUCAGCGAACGAAUGACAAUCUCCGGCAGUAUGCAGCUCUCGCUGGACGAAGCGACCGAAGCCUGGGGCAUCAAGGUGGAGCGCGUUGAGAUUAAGGAUGUACGCCUACCGGUUCAGCUGCAACGUGCGAUGGCUGCUGAAGCCGAGGCUGCCCGAGAGGCCCGUGCCAAGGUGAUUGCAGCCGAGGGUGAGCAGAAGGCUUCACGAGCACUGCGGGAAGCGUCGGAGGUGAUCGGAGACUCACCGGCCGCCCUGCAGCUACGCUACCUCCAGACACUGAACACCAUCUCGGCGGAGAAGAACUCAACCAUCGUGUUCCCGCUACCGAUCGAUAUACUGACGUACUUCAUGAAGUCCAAGGAAGCGUUUGUGCCGAACGCGUAAACCGGUGCCCGGUUCCAUCCCUUCUUGCCUUUGAGUAUUCUGUCACACACAGCCACUACAGUCGGCAGCAUUAUAUAGUAUUGACGCGCUUGGCUUUUGUUUUGAGUCUCAUUCAUUGAAUCAAUCACAGCUGCAGCAAACAAUGUAACAAAUAGCCUUAUUUUUUCACAAAAGGACGCUGCUGCCCUCAACGCUUCUAAUACAAUCUCCCAGAAUUAACAAAAAUAUCGUUCUCUCCUUUUCAAUCAUCCGUACAUGACUUACGCCCAAAAUAGUAGGAAAUCUAUCAAUGGCAAUGAUAAAUAAAUGCAGAUUCAAGCAUCGGGCCAGCCUUGCCCUUGCUUUCUACUGCAGCGAGACGAAUGAGUAGCCAUCAAACGGUAUGUGAAUAUAAAGAGCAGCAAUAGCUUUGCAGAUUUCGGGCGAACAUGGCGAACGGUUUUGGCAGGACGAUGAAAAACAAAGCCCCAAAACCAUAACCAAAUCGCAAAGCUGGAUGAAAUAACUGUGGAAAGCAGCAAUCGUAAUGAUUGGGAAACAAAAGUCAAACGAAAGCAGACUGCGAAGGGAAGGGAGCGAUCGAAAUGGAACAAUGAUGGUUCUUUUUUUGGUCGUUCCUUGUGUUUCUUUGUUUCCUGUCGGCCGUUUUCGCCACGCUCUGACCCUUAACUCAAUUUCCCUCCAACUUUUGGGGUAACGGGGGAAGCGGGUUGUUUGAAAUUGUCCACCGGCACUCGCAUACCGUGCGUCCUUGGAGCCUUGUUAAAGUUUUUAAUAUAACUUUUGCAAAUUGUUUCCAUUUCCGUUUUCCGCACGCUGUCCUGGCGUUUGAGUGUGUUUGCCUUUUCCUACGAGCCUUUGACGAAUCGAACUCGGUUUCCCUGCCGGAUUCGGUAUGUUCCAGUGGCGUUGUACGGGCAUCGAUAAGGCUCCACCAUCAGUCGUCACAGAGGACAGUGUGGAUGUGUGAGUGUAGCUGUGUGUGCGUGCUCAUCCUCCCGGUGGUGGAAUAUUCCGAUGCUAUCGUCCCUUCACUUCGAACCAUUCCGGCCGCACGGCCGGGGCGGAACCCUUCGGGAAGGCUAAGCUUAGGCAAGGGUCUGCUGUUUUGUUUUAACCUUUUUUUCCGUCGAGCAUGGAAAAAAAGGUUCAAUCGUAAAACGAGGAAUGGGUGCAAGUUAAGUUGUUGGUAAAAUGGAUGAAUUUUUAAGCAUCCAUUUCCGGUGGGGAAAGCGCCACGUGGAACAGCGCCCCGGACAGUCGGUUCUGUAUAACUUUUUCAUCUAUCAUGCGGCGACCCAUCCGCUAUGAAGGGGAUGUUUAUGAAGAAAAACAUAAAAAGCACCAAAAAGGUAAAGGAUUUAGUCAUUGGUUUAUGUUUUUGCUUUUUUUUUGUUCCGGGUCAGCAGGACAGAUACGGUCUUGCACGGUUGAAAAGGCUUAGGGAUGAGUUUGAUUAGAGAGAGAGAAAAGAGAGAGCUAAACAAAAUAGCGGUGCACCUAAGAGCACUGGACAUGCUUGUGCAGAGGUUGAGUUUGGUUUUGUUAGAACUUCAGCAUAAAUAAGUGUGUUUAUGCACAAACAAUCUGCAAACAUUUCCUUUGGGCUCUGCAAAUGAGUCAAUGAGUUCACAAAAGUGAGAAACAGCAUAGCCCAAACACACGUACACACACACACAUAUACACACAUACACAAUAUUCUAACAAAGUAGAUAUCAUAUCAUUCAACCAGACGCACCUGAUCAUCUAAUAUUAAGUAUUCGUGAGUGCAAUUGCCAAUGAUUGUUGACUUUUGUUGCGGCAAUCACUAACUUAGCAGCCAGCGUGUCACACGUCAUGUAACAAUAUUUACAUAGCAGCACAUUUGAAUUGCACGAACAAGUUGUUGUCUUUUAAUGUGCAUCGAUUGAAGUACACCCUUGCACAGGAAAACGCGUGAUCGGUUGGGUUUGUUUUUAAAUGCCGCCUCAAUGAUUUGGCCUUGGUCACGCCUCUUUCAUGCGGUCGUAGCAUUCGGUGCAGCUUUUGGUGGAUCUCAAACCAUACGGUUUAGAUAGAUAGAAGGUAAUUCACUUCGGUCGCCAAAGAGAAAUGUUUAGUUCGCUUCUUCAAUCACACAGCAGCACGAUCGUUCGAGCAGUCGAUCGACAGAUGCGGUGGCUGCAUCGAAACAAACAAACAAACAAACAAACAACAACACGGUGUCAAACUGUAUAAUGCAAAUAAUGACCAAUAAAUCAAAAAGAAACAAAACUCGUUGAAAGUGAUAUAAGCUUUAAGAGGAAGUUGUACUUGAACGGAAGCAAUGAACAAACCAGCUUAGAUAAUGCAAUCAUUGUUAAUAAUGAAUCAAUAAAGAGUGUACUGCACGUAAGGAUGCAUCCGGAAACAGAGAUUAACAAAAAAAAAGAACAAAAAGAAAGUUACACCAAACUACCAAUCAACAGAUCUCUGCUAAAGGCAGAAGGUAUACAGAUUCGUUCGUUGAAAUUGAAUUUAUUUGGUGAGAUACAAAGCACAACCCGAUACACGAUACAAUAAAUGCACAUCGAUUUCGUUACUCCAUUACAUCACAGCAGCAAACGUGUGAACCAUCCACGACGUUUGGUAAUUUUUUUCCGCUCUAGCAGUGUGUGCGUGUGUGUUACAAUAAAACGAACGGCAAGUGUGCGAAGCGAAUGUGCAAAUUUUUAUCUAUCAGUGUUGUCAUGUAUUGCCGUAUUCAACGAACCAAAGACACAAAUUCUAUUUGACAUACUAAGACGUUUAAUUCGAGUGUAAAAGAGAGUACUACUUACAAUGAUAGUAUAACGAGCCACUUUACCACGUUAGUUAUUUGAUUAUAUUAAUGUUAACAAGUGCCACACCAGCACACAACUACACAACCACACAUAAACACGAGCAAGAGGGAGUACAACAGUAACAACCAAAACAACCAACCAACCAAUCGAAACAGUAGACCUAGAGCGAUAGAGUUUAUAAGAGAAUGUUUUGACUUAACGGAUCACUUUCAACUCGAUGUUCUAAAUAUUUCACUAUUGCUGUGUUCAAUACAGCUUCAAGAAAACUCUGUCCAAAAGCUGCUCCCGCUGCCACGAACGAGCGAAUCUUAAACGGGGAAAAAAGUGUAUUAGACGGGGAAACGUAAAAAUCAAAAACGGAAUUUACUCUAGACUUUGUGUCCUGGGGCAGGGACCGGAACGGUUGGGCAGGGCGGAUGUAGAAGCGUAUCUAGUUAAGAGACUCACUCACACAAACACACAAACACUAAACACAAACUUUUGUCAAGGACGGUUUAGUUGUCUCGUGCAUCACGAAUUGAUGCGAUCAAGAUCUUCAUCGUCAUCUUCAUCAUCAUCGUGACCAUUACGACGAUUGUCUAUUUUUCUCACGUUACUUACAUUUUCAUGAUCCACUCGGAAUGUUUAAUGGUUGAUGGACAACAGAUAAAAUCAAAGUAUAUUAUGCAAAAAGGUGCAAAGAUAUUACACAGAGGAUUACACAUACAGAAAACAGAAAAGUAUAUAGAUAUAUAUUAACGACGUUGAGCGAAAGGCAGAGUCUAGCAAGCAAGUGUCAUUGUUAUAAUAGAGAAGAAAGCGCACAAUAGAAAGGAAGUGCAGUGUUAGUUUGUGGAGGCCAAAAUGAAUGAAUGGAAGGAAUGGAAGGAAUGACAGGGGGAAAUAGGGCUGAGUUUUCAAACACUGAAUGGCGGAGCCGUACCAAAACCAAUUACUGAAACAACUGAAAUGUGUGUUCUACACCAAGCGUAAACUUGUACGAAUUCAUCAUACACAGAGCUAAAAACCGGCCGCACAAGGGCGAACACAAACACCCAAUCAUCAAAAACAAUACAUACAAAUCUACUGAUUGUGACAAAAGAUCAAAACGAUUCAAAUAAACAAAUUCGUAUGAAACAUUUCGUUUUACAGAAAAAAUGGUACAAAACUGAA